GACAUGUAUGGUUGCGGAAACAACGAAAUAUUACUUUCAAAAGUUCUUAAAGAUCGACGUAAUGAAAUUUUUCUUUGUACAAAAUUUGGUAAUGUUCGCGGAGAAAAUGGGGAGUUCUUGGAUGUAAAUGGGAAGCCAGAAUAUGUUCACGAAGCAUGCGAAAAAAGCUUACAAAGAUUAGGUGUUGAUUGUAUUGAUCUAUAUUAUCAACAUCGUGUUGACUCUACCGUGUAA